GACGGCGUGUGGUUAAUCUUCGCUGGACUGGGACAAAGUGCGUCCUAACAGGCUCCUCUCAGCCAGUCUGGAGCUCCUUCUCCUCUGAACGGACCCAAACUUCACUGCGGAAAUGAAGCUAUCAGUGGUGUCCAAGAAGCUGUGGUGCGUCCACAAACAGCUGAUCCUCCUGCUCACUCCACUCGUGUUCCUGCCCUUACUUUUUACCCUGCCGGAGAAGGAGGGAAAAUGUCUUUAUGUGGUGGUGCUGAUGGCUAUGUUUUGGUGCACAGAGGCCCUCCCUCUGGCCGUCACUGCGAUGCUCCCGGUCUGCCUCUUCCCAACACUGGGAAUUCUGCCAUCCAAACAAGUCUGCCCUCAGUACUUCCUGGAAACCAAUUUUCUCUUCCUCAGUGGUCUUGUGAUGGCGUCGUCCAUCGAGGAGUGGGGCCUGCAUCGCAGAAUCGCCCUGAAGGUCCUCACUAUUGUCGGAGUGAAACCAGCCUGGCUCAUCCUGGGAAUGAUGCUGACCUCGUCCUUCCUGUCCAUGUGGUUGAGCAACACCGCCACCACAGCAAUGAUGCUCCCCAUUGCUAAUGCCAUCCUGGAGAGUCUGUUUGGAGACCUGAAGACCCUUAAAGAGAAGUGCAAGUCAACAAAUGACCCUGAGAAUGACAUUUUAAAUGGUCAGUCUACUGUAAAGCUGCAGUCGUUGCCCUCAGUGCCCACUGAAAAACAAAUUCUGUCAAUAGAUGGGACGGAUGGGAUGGAGCAGAGCGACACAAGGACGGCAGAGGAGAUCCGAUCGGAGGCAGAGUAUAGGAUGAAGGUGUGGAAAGGAUUCUUGAUCUGUAUUCCCUAUGCAGCAAGUAUCGGUGGGACCGCCACGCUGACAGGAACUGCACCAAACCUCAUCCUGAUUGGACAGCUGAAAAGCUACUUUCCAGACUGCGACCUCAUCAAUUUUGGCUCUUGGUUUGCGUUCGCUUUCCCGCUCAUGCUUCUCUUCCUGUUUUUGGGAUGGGUUUGGAUCGCCUUCCUUCACGGGGGAUUGAAUAUGCGAUUAUGUUUCACGAAACACGACCGGAGAGCCCAGGCAGAGGCCAGAGCAAAGGCGCUAAUACAGGAAGAUUACAGAAAACUAGGGCCAAUAAAUUUUGCAGAGGGAGCGAUCUCUUUCUUUUUCAUACUGUUUGCCGUUCUGCUGUUCACAAGAGAUCCUAAAUUUGUCACCGGCUGGUCUGUUUUUUUUAAAAAAGGGUACGUCUCAGACGCAGUCACUGGUGUGAUCAUUGUCUCCAUAUUGUUCUUCUUCCCCUCGCAGAAACCUUCGCUGAGCUGGUGGUUCGACCCUCAAGCUACAAACACUCCUUAUGUCCCUCUCCUAUCGUGGAAGAAAGCCCAGCAAUCUGUUCCCUGGAACAUCAUUCUGUUGCUCGGAGGCGGCUUCGCUAUGGCAAAGGCUUGUGAGGAGUCUGGACUCGCCUCCUGGCUUGGAGGCCACCUCCAGCCUUUGGCCGAGGUCCCUCCUGCUGCAGCUGUGAUGUUGAUCACUGCCUUCCUGGCCUGUUUCACUGAGUUCGCCAGCAACACUGCAACAAUUAUCAUAUUUUUACCUGUCAUUGCUGAACUGGCUUUGCACGUCUCAGUGAAUCCCCUGUACUUCAUGAUGCCUGCAACAAUAGGAUGUUCAUAUGCCUUCAUGCUGCCAGUGUCCACACCACCCAACUCCAUCGCCUUCGCCUCGGGGCAUCUCCUGGUCAAAGACAUGGUGAAAACUGGCAUCGUGAUGAACAUCCUGGGCAUCCUCUCAGUCUCUCUGGCCAUGAACACUUGGGGCGUUGCCAUGUUUAACUUGGGUACGUUUCCAGAAUGGGCCCAAGCAGCCAAUAAGUCUGCAGUUGUUCCUGAUGUGCAUCUAUCACUGGUCCAGUCGCUCAAUGCUACGCUCUGAUUAUUCACCCAUUGAGUAUCAGAAGAUUGUACAAAGUUCAACACUACACAGGGUUUGUAGAUGUCUAUAAUGUCACCAAAAUAUCAGAAAACACUGGGACCUUCAGCUGUUACCUGUUGAGAUGAAUUUAAUGAGUUUGUGAUACUUAAGUGUCGUUAAAAAUGAUGCAACAAUUUAAAAACCAGCUAUAUUAUUUCACCUUCUGCCAUCUUAAAACCAGACGGGAGAGAUAUUUAAGCUAAACAACAGAGACAGCCAGAGCUCUGGAGUAUUUUAUACAUAUUCUAAAACUGUCAGUCUGCAGAGUAUGCUGUUCUCACUGACGCUACUGGACUGACCUCUGCUGGAAGAAUAAGAAAAACCUCUGUGAAUAAUUCUUAUAAAAUAUAUAUUUUUGGUGAAAAUCACUGCGAGAUCAUGUUUGUUGUUUAUGUAUUAUCGGUGCCUGUCUGAAGCCGUAGCACAUAAACAAUAUUUUAAAUCUUUUCUAUAUUAGAGUAUGAAUCAUGACCAAUGAAUGUGUAAAAUUUGUAACUGCUGUUACAAAUAAAUGAUGAUGAUAAUUGAA